AAUAUAAAUUCCUGCCAGACCGCUGAGCUCCCACUGAAGGUGAAAAGCCUGGCAGCCAUCCCAGGAGACAAGCACCAGGCAAACGAUGCAGAGCUGCAGGCUGUGGGGUGCUGGACCUGCGGUCUCCACUUCCUGUGUCCUCCAGAAGUUGCCGGGAGUGAUGUUCAUCUGGUCCAUGUUGAUGAUGUGUGUCUCUGUCUUCACCAUCCAGCCUGAGGAACACAUGGUGGCUGCAGGAAGCUGCCAAUUUCAUGGCAGGCAUCCCAAAACCAGGUUCAAGGUAGAAGGGGAGCCUGUGGCCAUGAGGUGCCCCCAGGUGCCAUACUGGGACUCUGCUAGCACCCACGUCAAUGUGACAUGGCGUAGAAACGACUCCACCACGAUGGUCCUAGGGGAGGAAGAGAUGCGAGUGUGGGUCCAGGACGGUGGCCUCUGGAUUGUGCCAGCCUCGCGGGGGGACUCUGGCACCUACAUCUGCACUGUCAGAAAUGCCUCUUACUGUGAUGAGAUGUCCGUUGAGCUCAGGGUUUUUGAGAAGACAGAAGCUUCCCUGCCUCUCAUCUCCUACCCACAAAUUAUAACCUUGUCAGCCUCUGGGUUAUUAGUUUGUCCUGAUCUGAGUGAAUUCAUCGGGAACAAAACUGACGUGAAGAUUCGAUGGUACAAGGAUUCUCUCCCUUUGGAUCAAGACAAUGAGAAAUUUCUAAGUGUGAGGGGAACUCGCUUAGUGGUGAACAAUGUGUCUCUGGAGGAUGCGGGCUAUUAUCGGUGUGCCAUGACGUUUGCCCACAGAGGCAGGCAAUACAACAUCACCAGGAAUAUCAAACUCCGUGUCAAGACUUGGUGCAAAGGGCACACAAGUGAUGCAGUUCUGGCCCCUGCCCUGGAAAAAAGAGAAGAGGAGACGAUUCCGGUGAUCAUCUCCCCCCACCAGACCAUCUCAGCUUCGCUGGGGUCGAGACUGACAAUCCCGUGUAAGGUGUUUCUGGGAGCUGGCAUACACGCGACCACCUUGCUGUGGUGGACUGCCAACAACACACACGUAGAGGAUGCCUACCGGGGGGGCCGCGUGACCGAGGGGCGGCGCCAGGAAUACUCAGAAAAUAAUGAGAAUUACAUUGAAGUGCCACUGAUUUUUGAUCCAGUCGUAAGAGAGGAUUUGCACACGGAUUUUAAAUGUGUUGUCCGUAAUACAAUGAGUUUCCAGAUGCUUCGUACCACAGUCAAAGAAGCUGCCACGUUCUCCUGGAAGAUUACACUGGCCCCCCUUUCCCUCAUCUUCUUGGUUUUGGGGGGAAUAUGGAUGCACAGACGGUGUAAACGCAGAACCGGAAAAGCCUAUGGUUUGAUGGAGUUAAAGACCAGCCAUCAGAUUCUCAAUCCUAUCUGAGUAAAAUAAAGGAAAUAAAAUAGUUCAA